AUCUCCCUCUGUGAUCCUGAGGGUGUCCAUGCCUUCAUCCUGGUCCUACCUGUGGCUCCCCUCACUGAUGAAGACAAGGGAGAGUUAGAGACCAUCCAGGAUGCAUUCGGCUCUCGAGUCAAUGACUUCACCAUGAUUCUGUUCACUGUGGACUCAGAUCCUACAGAUACAGCUGUUGGUAACUUUGGAAAGGACAAUGAAGACAUCCAAGAGCUCUGUGAGAGCGCUGGAGGAAGAUCUGUUGUUCUCAACACCAAGAACAAACAGCAGAUCCCAGAGAUGUUUGAGAUUGUGGAUAAAAUUAGUCAGCCUACAGGACAACUGUGCUGUUAUACAACUACAACAUUUUUACACGCACAAAUGGAGAAAGUCUUAAAACUUGUCACUGGUGAUGAAGGUGGAGAACAGGACUCAGACUGUCUCAGGAUUGUGCUGAUUGGGAAGACCGGCUGUGGAAAGAGCUCUACAGGAAACACCAUUUUAGGAAGAGACGAGUUUACAGCUAAAUCAAGUCAAAUGUCGGUCACCAAAUGUUGUAAGAAAGUAGAGGGUGAGGUGAACGGUCGUCCUGUUUUUGUAGUCGACACUCCUGGUCUGUUUGACACAAGUUUGUCACCAGAAGGGGUUCAAGAGGAGCUGGUUAAUUGUGUCAGUCUCCUGGCUCCAGGACCACAUGUCUUCCUGUUGGUGAUUCAUAUCGGCAGAUUCACAGCAGAGGAGAAGGAGACACUGAAACUCAUCAAGCAAUUCUUUGAAGAAUUCUCAAAGUUCACCAUCGUUCUUUUAACAGGAGGAGAUACACUGGAGCAUGACAGAGAGUCCAUAGAGGACUACAUCAAGAACAACUGUGAUGAUUCCUUUAAGAAGCUGAUCUCUGACUGUGGAAAUAGAUACCAUGUGUUCAAUAACCGUGACAAACAAAACCAUACACAAGUCAUUGAGCUGAUAGCAAAGAUUGAAAGCAUGAUGAAGGUCAAUGGAAGGCGCUGCUUUACCAACAAGAUGCUGCAAGAGUCUGAAACUGCGAUAAGGAAGGAGAUGCAGAAGAUUUUAAAGGAGAAGGAAGAAAAGAUGCAGAAAGAAAAGGAAGAGAUGGAAAGAAAAUAUAAAGAAGAUAUGGAGGCCAUGAAGAAAAGAAUCGAUGAAGAAAGAGAAAAGGAGAGAAUACAGAGAGAAAAAGAACUCGAAAAAAUGAGAAAUAAAAUUAGAGAAGAAGAAGAGAAGAGAAAGCAGGAACAGGAAAUCAGGGAAAAUGAGAAAAGGGAAAAGGAAGCUGAAGAAGAAAGACGUCGACAAGAGUUUGAAAAAGAACUUGAAAAGCUGGACAAACAAAUUCAGUCAGAAAAAGAGGCAAAAGAAAAUGUGGACAGAAAACUGGAAGAAGCCAGAGAAGAGAUGAGAAGAAAACAAGAGGAGUGGGAGAAAGAACAGAAAGAAUGGUGGGACAAACAACGACAAGACGAAGACAAAAGACGAGAGGAAGAGAAAGAAAAAAUGGAAAAACUACAGGAAGAUUAUAAUGAAAAGCUGAAAUGUGAAAAAAUCAAAAAAGAAGACGAUCAAAGAAGAAGAGAAGAGGAAAUAAAAGGAUUGGAGGAAAUUCAUAAGAAAACUCUGGAUGAUCUAAAGAAGAAACAUGAAGAGGAAGCCAGAAAGAAAGCUGAAGAGUUCAACCAAGCCCAGAAGAAACACAUGGAUGAUUUAGCAAAACAGAGGGAAGAACAUAAGAAGGAAAUGUACGACUUAGUGAGACGUGUGACCAAAAAGACUGAAAAUUUGAAUAGGAUCAAGAAAUUGAUGCUAACACAUGAAAAACAAAUGAAGAAUCGGACCGAGGAGGACAUAGAAGACCUCCAGGAAAAACAAAAAGAUCAACUAAAUGAGUUGAUGAAAAACAUUUUGGGAGAAGAGCUCAGCAGCUCAUCAGCCUGCAGCAUUUUAUGA